AUGACUCAGGCUGUACCACUAAACGAAACAAGCUCUGAUUAUACAAGCGCCGGUUCAGGCACUACACCCCAAAAGGCCAAUGGGGUGAUUGCAGCAGGCAAUGGCGUCACAAGGCCCUGCAAUGGAAAAAUCACCAGUAAUGGAAAUACACCGCACGGGGGUGGUGGUAUCCAGGUAUGUUGCCCUGAGGGGGUUGAACAGUGGAAAGAUUGUGUCAGCCAGAUUGCGGAGCGCUGCGACUUGAGUGGACUGGCAACAAAUGCUACACAAUAUCAACUGGCGUCAACCGGACUAAGGGACGCCAACGAUGUGCGUAAUAUGUGCGCCAUCCCACUGCCGGCAGACGUACAAGAGAGAUUAAAAAAGCUAUGCCUUGUCCGUUCCAUCACCAUGAGAUCUGUUGUCCUCUUUGCAGUCCACCAGAUGUUGAAAGGGUUUGGAGGUGGUUCACAUACUGUUACUGCAUCAGUUGAAGUGGAUAACAGUGAUAUCAACACCGGUCCAUCAUGCGCAGUCUCGCCCAUGGUGAUCUGCCAUCAGAACAAAUCACAAUCUUCUGUAGCCCAGGAAAUCCAGAGCAUUGAACAGAUGCGUCAGAACCCGGGGCAGAAAGAUAUACACCACAUAGAGACAGCAUCCAGUCUCAUAAAUAUGGGACUAAUGGACAUUCCGAUUAUCUUUUCAGCUGCAGAGAAGUUUCAGGUUCCAUUUGCUGGCUUCCCCCUUGUGGUAAUAGUCCGCGAGCAUGGCGCCAAAUUGGAAAUGGCACUGCAUUUCUCGGAUUCCCUCUUCAGCCAGGAAACAAUAAUCAACUUUGCAGAUGGGCUGAACAUCCUACUUGCUGAGGCGGCAUCCGGGGGGGCCAAAUCAGCAAUGGAAAUUGAACUCCUUUCAGCAGAGCAAAGGCAGCAAUUGGAAAGAUGGAACGACACAGAUGGGGACUAUGCAAAAUCCAAACGACUCAAUCACCUUAUAGAGGAAGCAGCAGAGCUACAUGAAGAUAGAGUGGCUAUCGUCUACAAGGGCCGGCAACUUACGUAUGGGGAGCUGAACGCCGAGGCCAACCGCUUCGCCCACUAUCUCCGGUCCACGGGCAUCCAGACCGAGCAGUUAGUGGCGUUAUUUCUCGAAAAGACCGAAAACCUCUUGGUUACUAUCUUGGGGAUAUGGAAGUCCGGAGCUGCAUACGUGCCCAUUGAUCCAACCUACCCCGACGAGCGUGUUCGCUUUGUACUAGAUGACACCAAGGCGAAUAUCGUUAUCUGCAGCGACCAACACGCAGACCGACUUCAGCGCUAUAUUGUCGGCGAUCGAGAGCUUUGCAUUAUCCAUCUCGAGCCGUGUCUGAGGCUCAUUUCACAGGAACCAUGGAAAUUCCCAAGCCAGAACUUGGAGGACUUGUCUUUGACGAGUAAACAGCUUGCCUAUGUUACAUAUACAUCAGGGACCACUGGGUUCCCGAAGGGCAUCCUAAAGCAACACACAAAUGUGGUCAAUAGUAUCACAGACCUCUCAGAUCGCUAUGGAGUGACGGGGAACCAUCACGAAUGUAUUCUGCUCUUCUCGGCCUACGUAUUCGAGCCAUUCGUUCGCCAAAUGCUCAUGGCCCUCGUGAAUGGUCACCUUCUUGCCGUAAUCGAUGACAGAGAGAAGUACGAUGCGGACAAACUGAUUUCAUUCAUCCGUGAGCACAGAGUCACCUAUCUCAAUGGCACUGCUUCCGUCUUGCAAGAAUGUGACUUCUCAUGUUGUCCAUCACUGAAGCGGCUGAUCUUGGUCGGCGAGAACCUCACCGAAGCGCGGUAUCUGUCACUACGUCGUCGUUUCCAGAAUCGCAUCCUGAACGAGUAUGGAUUCACCGAGUCAGCCUUCGUCACGGCUCUCAAUGUGUUCGAACGGGGUGCAACGCGUAAGAACAUGAGUCUAGGACGACCCGUGCGCAACGUCAAAUGCUACAUCCUCAACCCCUCCCUCAAGCGGGUGUCUAUUGGAGCCACCGGUGAGUUACACAUUGGAGGCCUUGGUAUAUCCAAGGGCUACCAUAACCGUCCUGACCUGACGCCGCAACGCUUCAUUCCCAAUCCAUUCCAAACGGACCGAGAGAAAGAGUUGGGAACCAACACCUUGAUGUACAAGACUGGAGAUCUGGCCCGCUGGCUCCCGAACGGCGAGAUCGAGUAUCUGGGACGUGCAGACUUCCAAAUCAAACUUCGAGGCAUCCGUAUCGAGCCUGGCGAGAUAGAGUCAACUCUCGCUGACUAUCCUGGUAUCAGAACCAGUUUGGUUGUGUCCAAGAGACUCCGAAACGGCGCAAAGGAAACGGAAAACGAGCACCUCGUGGCUUACUAUGUUUGUGACAACACACCUGUUCUCGAAGCAGAUCUCGUUCGAUUUUUGGAGCUCCAACUACCACGAUAUAUGAUCCCGACACGGCUUGUGCAGCUGCCCCAGAUCCCAGUGACUGUAAACGGCAAGGCGGACCUGCGUGCUCUGCCUGCUAUCGACGUUAUUCAGCCCAGAAGCGUCUCCUCCGACCUAAAGGAUGACAUGGAAGCCGCCCUGGGCAAAAUCUGGGCAGACGUCCUGGGAACAACUUGGCAAUCCAUCUCACGGAAAGACAGCUUCUUUCGCCUUGGAGGGCACAGCAUCACAUGCAUCCAACUCAUCGCUCGAAUUCGCCAGCAGCUAGGGUUAAAUAUUUCCAUUGAGGAUGUCUUCGCAUCUAGAGAACUAGGGCAGAUGGCUGGCCUUCUGAGAACGAAGCAGCGUGAGCCUUCGGACGACAGUCGUGAUCGAACGUCCCAGACCCUCUCGAGAACCGCGUUAGGAGAGCUCACCAACGAUGAUGCCUAUGUAGCCAACAGCCUCCAACAAGGCUUUGUUUACCAAUUCCUGAAAUGUAUGGGUCGAUCAGAUGCAUAUAUUAUGCAGAAUGUUGUGCAUUACAAUGCUGCAUUACUACCGGAUCUAUAUCAGAGAGCUUGGAAGCAUGUGCAGCACACUAUUCCAUCAUUAAGGCUGCGAUUCCAAUGGGGGCAGGAUGUUCUACAGAUAGUUGACAAGGACCAGGCGUUGAAUUGGAAGUUUUUACGUCUUACUAACCUCCCUGCGACGGCCGAGACAGAGAGGCUACUCGAACUACAGAGCCAGGACCGUGCAACGCCAUACGCACUGGAGGCAGGCAACCUAUUCAGGAUCUACCUGAUCCAGCAUAGCCCACGUCGUUUCACCUGCUUGUUUAGCUGCCAUCACUCGAUUCUCGAUGGUUGGAGUCUACCCCUGCUAUUCGAAAAGCUUCAUGGGACUUACCUGGAUCUGCUUCACGGGGAGCCCAUCGUCCGGUCUGUGGAUGAGUCUUACUCGCAAUCGCAGCGGUAUAUUCAAGCCCACCGCGAGGACCAUGUUGAAUACUGGACAAACAUUGUGGCUCAAAUCGGCGAGCGUUGCGACAUGAAUUCGUUGCUCAACGAGCGUAGCCGUUACAAGAUCCAGCUGGCGGGCUACGACCAGGUCUGUGACCAACAACAGUUGACCUUGACAGUCUCUGAAGAUGACUCCCUGGCAGAGCUGCGGCAGACGUGCUCUGCGCAGGGUAUCACACUGCACUCCAUCCUCCAGUUUGUUUGGCAUGCUGUGUUACAUGCGUACGGUGGUGGCACCCAUACUGUCACUGGCACCACCAUCUCUGGCAGAAACAUACCCAUUAGCGGGAUUGAACGGUCGAUUGGACUUUACAUCAACACAUUGCCACUGGUGGUUGAUCACUCGGCUUAUAAGAAUAAGACCAUCAUGGAGGUGAUCAACGACGUUCAGGCCAGGGUUAAUGCCAUGAACAGCCGCGGCAACGUGGAACUUGGCCGCCUGCGCAAAGGGGACUUAAAACAUGGUCUAUUUGACUCGCUAUUCGUGCUUGAAAAUUACCCAAAUCUUGAUAGGUCUCAGGAGCUGCGCCAUCAGAGCGAAUUGCGCUAUUCCAUCGAAAGCGGCCUAGAAAAGCUUGACUAUCCACUGGCUGUUAUCGCACGCGAGACCAAACCAACUCACGGAUUCACAUUCACUAUAUGCUACGCCAGAGAGCUGUUUGAUGAGAUGGCCAUAUCAGAGUUGCUGCACAUGGUCGAAGAUACAGUCUUCCAGGUCGCCAAACAUUUGAACGACCCGGUCUCCAGCCUGGAGUAUCUGUCUUGCGCCCAGCUGGAUCAAUUGGCCACAUGGAACGCAACAGAGGCAGACUUCCCCGAUAGCACUCUACAUGCAAUGUUCGAAAUGGAAGCUGCUCGGAAGCCAGAUAAGGUUGCUGUUGUCUAUGAAGAGCGGCAACUGACCUAUCGCCAGUUAAACGAACGGGCAAACCGUAUGGCGCAUCGGAUGAACACUGAGGUUCACCCGAAGCCGAACAGUAUCAUUGCCCUUGUUAUGGACAAAAGCGAACAUAUGAUCACUAGUAUCGUUGCUGUGUGGAAGACCGGCGGUGCCUACGUUCCCAUCGACCCCGGGUAUCCCGAUGAUCGCAUUCGAUAUAUUCUUGAAGACACCGGUGCGAUUGCCAUUAUUGCCGACUCCUGCUAUCACCCUCGUAUACGGGGAUUAAUGGCGCAGGACGUCGUUCUCUAUUCCUCUGACAUGUUAGAAACCCCGGACGGCCGAUGGAGCGUGUUAAACCCUGAACCGUCCAGUGGGAGCCGGGACCUAGCAUAUAUCAUCUACACCUCGGGCACAACUGGGAGGCCAAAGGGCGUUAUGGUGGAGCACCACGGCGUGGUCAACCUGCAGGUGUCGCUGUCGAAAAUCUUCGGCCUGCGUGACACUGAUGAUGAGGUGAUCCUCUCAUUUUCGAACUACGUCUUCGAUCACUUCGUCGAGCAGAUGACUGACGCGAUCCUCAACGGACAAACACUUGUUGUGCUCAACGAUGAAAUGCGUGGGGAUAAAGAGCGCUUGUAUCGAUAUAUUGAACGGAAUCGGGUAACGUAUCUGUCCGGCACGCCGUCUGUAGUGUCCAUGUACGAGUUCAGCCGGUUCAAGGACCACUUACGCCGUGUGGACUGCGUGGGAGAAGCGUUCAGCGAGCCAGUAUUCGACCAAAUCCGUCAAUCAUUUCAUGGGCUCAUUAUCAACGGCUACGGCCCAACGGAGGUCUCCAUCACCACCAACAAAAGGCUAUACCCCUUCCCGGAGAGGCGGACUGAUAAGAGCAUUGGCGCGCAAGUUCAUAAUAGCACCAGCUAUGUCCUGAAUGACGAUAUGAAGCGCAUUCCUAUUGGCGCCGUGGGCGAGCUCUAUCUGGGAGGCGAAGGUGUGGCACGAGGAUAUCACAACCGUCCGGACGUGACCGCCGAGCGAUUCAUCCUCAACCCAUUCCAAACAGAGGAAGAAAGGCAUUCAGGACGCAACGGUCGACUUUACCGAACCGGCGACCUCGUAAGCUGGAUCCCAGGCAGCAACGGCGAGGUCGAGUACCUGGGCCGUAACGACUUCCAGGUUAAAAUCCGUGGCCUGCGCAUCGAACUGGGUGAAAUCGAGGCCGUGCUGUCUUCGCAUCCCGAUGUCAAACAGUCGGUUGUGAUCGCAAAGGAUGGCAAAGACAGUGAUCAGAAGUUUCUGGUUGGCUACUACGUCGUUAAUUCAGCGGUGUCUUCGGCUGCCAUCCGACGCUUCAUGCAAUCUCGGCUCCCGGGAUACAUGGUACCAUCUGGCCUCAUCCCAAUCACUAGUCUCCCAGUGACGCCCAGUGGGAAACUGGAUACGAAGUCUUUGCCUCCGGCGGAUGAGGUGGGCGUGACGGACGCGGUGGCUCCGCAAAAUGAAAUCGAAACUACCCUGUGCAGUAUCUGGGCAGAGCUACUAGGGAUGCCCCCCCACGACAUUGGGCGCUACAGUGAUUUCUUCAACCUCGGGGGGGACAGUUUAAAGAGCACGAGCCUCUCCUUCAAAAUAUACGAAACGUUUAACCGGACAAUAUCCGUCGCUGCCGUAUUCCGCCAUCGAACUAUCGAGGCUCUUGCGCAUUUGAUUAUGAACAAUGCCGCGGACAUACACGAAGUCACGCCCGUGGAUUAUAGUGAGACAGACAAGGUUCCCAUAUCUCGUGCACAGGAGAGACUUGUAUUCAUCCAUGAACUGGAGGGCGCCUGUAAAGCAUAUAAUAUUGAUGCUGCCUUUGAGCUACCUGGCUCUAUUGAUUCCUCCCGUCUAGAACAGGCGUUGCUCAUCAUGCUCUCGCGACAUGAGGCCCUACGAACACUAUUAAACAGGGAUCAGAGGGCGGUGAUGUAUUUCCAGCGGAUACUGACCGUCGAAGAAGCUCGUGUCAUGGCGACAAUUAAAAAUUAUGGAGUGGGCAAUAAGGCUGAAAUUGACCAGGAGAUUAAGCGGUUAUCACAACACGUCUUCCGCCUAGAUUCUGAAUUGCCCUGGCUAGCACAUAUUGUCAGACACCAAGGUGGUAAUAUCUUUUUGAUCUUAUCGUUCCACCACACCUGCUUCGAUGCAUGGUCGAUGGGUAUAUUCAUGCGAGAGCUCCGGGAAUUGUGUGCGCCCAGUCAGACAGGCGUCAACGUGUCAGCAGCCCCUGCGCACCCUAAAGUCCAAUACAAAGAGUACGCCGAACACCAUCGCCGACGUCUGAAUGACAGUCUAAUGAGUGAACUAUCCGAGUUCUGGUUACAGAGGCUGAGUGGUCUGGAGCCCCUGCAACUCGUUACCGAUCAUACACGACCGGCGCGGUUUAGGUACGAUGGAGACGACAUUGCUAUCGACUUGGACAACGUGGUUCUUGAGAACCUCCGUAGCAUUGCCAAGUCAUGUAACGCAAGUCUUUUCGCUGUGAUGUUAUCUGCCUACUGUCUCCUGCUCUCGGCCUACGCGAACCAGACAGACGUUGCCGUGGGUGUCCCAGUCAGUCACCGGACGCACCCCCUAUUCCAGUCCGUCAUUGGAUUUUUCGUCAACUUGAUUGUUCUGAGAGUGGACGUGUCGAACCCUGACAUUCAUGGACUCAUUAAAACGGUAAUGAGGGGCCUUGUAGACGCCCAGUUGCAUCGAGACAUGCCGUUUCAAGACGUGACGAAACUGUUAGGAGUUGAAAAUGAUACCAGCCGCCAUCCACUGGUGCAAACUGUAUUCAACUUCGAGUCUGACCCGGAGGGGGAUCAGGAUGCCCCCUCAGCAUAUGGGGACGUCGUCGAAAUGGCACCAUACCAGCCUGCUGGGGAGGUCAAUUCAAUUGCAAAGUUUGAUCUAAAUGCAACCGUUACAGAGUUUCGGGCACGCCUGAGGAUAAACUUCAAUUAUGCAACCAGCCUUUUCCGUCGGGAGACAAUAGAAGGUCUCUUAAACACCUACGUGUAUUUUCUUGGGCAACUUUCCGAACUCGGUGCGACCGGCCUCAGAGAAGGUACAAAGCUAUCGCAGGUCCGCCCCGUGGAGGAUGGCGCGGUGCACCUGCCAUUGAAACAGUCUCGGGCCAGCCCUGGCAUAGGAGGAUCAGAAGCGAUCUCAUCUCUUAGCAAGGCGUUCGAGUACGAGGCCGCCCGCCUGCCGAAUCGGACUGCGGUCGUACAGGGAAAUAUGGCGCUGACAUAUGCUGAACUCAACGAGAGGGCUAACCAGCUGGCCCAGUACGUACAACGCGUGGUCGGCAUUGGGGCAGAGGACAAGGUGGCGCUCCUAUUAGAGAAGAGUAUCGACAUGAUUAUCUGCAUUCUCGCCGUCUGGAAAGCCGGUGGCGCCUAUGUUCCUUUGGAUCCAACAUACCCCGCCGAACGCAUCGAAUUAAUUCUGCAGGACACUGGAGCGAAAGCUCUCCUUACAGAGUCCCAAUAUGCCACGGGAUGUGACAGUCAGGAUGCUAAAGUAAUUGCGAUCGACUCGACUGAAAUCCAGGAUUUGGUAAAUCAAGAGCCCGUACUUGAACUGCCGACCACAUCCACUUUGGAUAACCUGGCAUAUGUGAUAUUCACCUCAGGCACUUCCGGCAAGCCCAAGGGCGUUCUCGUUGAGCAACGCGGAGUUCUUCGCCUACGUGAUGCAUUAAGGCAACGGUACUUUGGUGCACAAUGCCCUGAAGCCCAUGGCGUGCUCUUUUUGUCCAACUACGUGUUCGACUUUUCCGUCGAGCAACUGGUUUUGUCGGUCCUAAGCGGCAACAGGUUAAUCAUUCCCGUAGGAGACUUUGUUAUGGAUGAUGGGUUCUACAGGACGGCCAACGCUCAGGGCCUCUCCUAUCUAAGCGGAACUCCCUCCCUGUUGCAGCAGAUUGACCUGGACCGGCUUGAGCACUUACGCGUCGUAACUGCGGCCGGAGAAGAGCUUCAUGCCACACAGUACCAAAGGUUACGCGACAGAUUCCGCGGGCCCAUCUACAACGCGUAUGGUAUCACUGAAACCACCGUUUACAACAUCAUCACCGAGUUCACUUCGGAAUCGAAGUUUGAGAAUGCUCUGCGGGAGCUGUUACCAGGCACCCGGGCAUAUCUGCUCAAUUCCACGCUUCAGCCGGUCCCAUUUCAUGCGGUUGGAGAGCUGUAUCUAUCUGGUGAUUGCCUUGCGCGUGGCUACCUCAACCAACCCCUGCUCACAGAGCAACGCUUCGUGUCCAAUCCCUUCCGGAAUGAGAACGACAUUGCUAAUAGAGCCUUUCCACGUCUAUAUAAAACUGGUGAUUUGAUCAGAGGAUACCGGAUUGAGGUGUCGGAAGUGCAAAGCGUCCUUGCUUCAUGCCCCGGUGUCGCCCAAUGUGCAGUACUGGCCAGGUCCGAACAUGGCAACUCCCAAUCCCGAAGCUCCGAUGCUUUGAUAGGCUAUUAUACGUCCGAUGGUGAAGCAAUGUCCAACUCGAGUAUUUUCGACUUCAUGAAGGCUAGACUUCCCGCAUAUAUGUUACCAAGUGUUCUCUGUCACGUAGAUGGUGCGCUUCCGGUAACGAUUAAUGGGAAGCUUGACGUCCGCAGGCUACCUGAUAUCAGCAGAACCACUGAUCACAUAUCGUAUAGCCCACCGAGAAACGUGCUUGAGGCCAAGAUGUGCAUACUAUGGGCAUCUGCACUAGGAAUGGAGCGGUGUGGGAUUGAUGAUGACUUGUUCAAGCUGGGUGGCGACAGCAUUACCUCGUUGCAUCUUGUGGCCCUGAUCCACGACCGAAUAGGUCGCAAAGUCACGGUUCGAGACAUUUUCGACCACCGCAGUAUUCGUGGUAUCCACGACUUCGUUUUAAUGAAUUCCGCAAGCUCGGACGAUGUACCACAAUUCCGCACAGAGCAACAGCUAGUUGUUGGAGAUGCACCCUUGUUGCCGAUACAGAGCUGGUUCUUGUCGAAGCGACUACAUCGCCCUGGUCAAUGGAAUCAUACCUUUAGCGUUAGAACCCCAGAGCUCGACGUGAGUACCUUGAACACGGCUGUCACCGAAUUGCAAUUGUAUCACGAUGCUUUCCGAAUGCGUUUGAGGCAGAGGGGCAGCAGCAUGGUGCAAUACUUUCCCGAUGACUGCUCUCCGGUUCAGCUUCGAGUACUAAACGUGAAUGAUGUCCAAGGGCGGAUGGGGAUAGGCCAAGUGUUGAGCGAUUGGCAGUCGGGCUUUGACCUCCAGAACGGCCCCGUCUGUGCUUUUGCCUACGUCCAUGGUUAUGCAGAUCGGUCUGCACGAGUAUGGUUCUCCGUACACCAUAUGAGUAUCGACACGGUCAGCUGGCAGAUCCUUUCCCGCGACUUGCAGACGCUAUACCAUGGUGGCAGCCUGGGCAACAAGAGCAGCAGCAUCCGGCAAUGGGCACAGGCCGUACAAAAAUACCAGGCAACGACUCCCGAGAGAGAGCACUGGGAGUCACUCCUCCUCAAGAUAGCGGAUAACACAGUUAGUUUACCGCCAUCGACCGGAUCUCGUAUCCAGCUGAGCCGAGCUUGGAGCAAUAACAAGACAGCCGUGCUUCUCAGGGGCGUUAAUUCUGCACAAGAUCUAUCCAUGCAGGACUACUUACUUGCUGCCGUUGGAUUGGCACUGCAAUCUAUUAGUCCAAGUAGCCCAAGUAUGGUUACCAUUGAGGGCCAUGGUCGUGAAGAAGCGGUGGAUAAGACAUUGAAUUUGAGCCGCACCAUGGGUUGGUGCACUAGCAUGUAUCCAUUCGAAAUUCCUCCUCUGACUAAGGAGACCAUUAUGCGAGGGUUGAUCAGUCUACGAAAAAACCUAGAUAAGGUACCCAAUAGGGGCGUUGGCUUUGGAGCCCUCUAUGGUUACAGCGAACAUCCGAUGCCUCAGGUUACUGUUAACUAUCUCGGGCAGCUCACGACCAAGGCCCCGACAACCGGGAAUUGGGUAUUGGAAGUGGGCGACGGUGAUAUGGAAUAUGGACUCACAACUAGUCCCGCGGAUAAAGGUCAAAGCUCUUUUGCUGUCGACAUUACGGCCAUUUGUACGAACGGCAGCUUGAAAGUUUCAGUGGAUAGCUCCUGGAGCGCCGAGGACAGUGCACUGUUUAUGUCCCAAAUCGAAGAAGGACUGGAUAUCAUCAUCGACGCCGCAUCGGGUCAACACACAGAUUUGACUCCCACAGCACCUAAAUUCACUGAAGAGACGUAUACACCAUACUUUGAAUACCUAGACGCAUCGCGACGCGGACCAAUCCUGUUCCUUCUACCCCCAGGAGAGGGCGGCGCGGAGAGUUAUUUCAAUAACAUUGUCAGGCAUUUGCCUCGGGCGAAUAUGGUCGUUUUCAACAAUUACUACUUGCACACUAAGCGUCUCACUACAUUCGAGAGUCUAGCGGCAAUGUAUCUUGAGCAUGUCCGUCAAUUCCAAUCCGACGGGCCCUAUCAUUUUAUUGGAUGGAGCUUCGGGGGAAUCCUAGCGAUGGAAAUGUCACGACUACUGCUUGAGCGAGGUGCAAACGUUGGCCUCUUAGGAAUCAUUGACACCUACUUUAACGUACGCGGAGCAACAAGGACGAUUGGGCUUGGUGAUCGCGAGAUCCUAGACCCCAUACAUCACAUCUACCAGCCAGACCCGGCAAACUUCCAGUGUCUUGCAGCCUGCGUGGAUCGCAUAGUGCUAUUCAAAGCCACCAGGACAAACGACAAGUACCAGUCUGACAACCAGAAGCUUCUAUAUGAGUAUUACGCAAGAACUCGGCUCAAUGAUCUGGAUUCUUUGCUCCCAAGCCAUGCGAACAUCAACCUAGUGCCACUUGUGGAUGACACUCACUUCUCCUGGGCCAGCAACCCCCGACAGGUGGCAUACAUGUGUUCAAUAAUCGAGGAGAUCCUUGCGCAUUACUGA